UAUUUAUUUUGAGAGGGAGAGAGAAAACAUAAGCUGGGAGAAGAGCAGAGAGAGAGGAGAGAGCAAGAAUUUCAAGCAGGCUCUGCACUGCCAGUGCAGAGCUCGACACGGGGCCCAAACCCACGAACUGUGAGAUCACAACCUGAACCAAAGUCCAACACUCAACCAGCUGAGCCACCCAGGUGCCCCUCUUUUCCUUACCAAAGUCCAACACUCAACUGAGUCACCCAAGCACCCCUCUUUUCCUUACUUUUGACUUAUUGUAUCUUUCAACAAAUAUACCAGUUGUUCUUAACUGGGAAAGAUUUUGACACCUCCUCCCCCAUCCGCCUCUACCCCUGGGAACAUUUGACAAUAUCUGUAGACAUUUUUGUUGUCAUAACUGGGAGGGGGGUACAUCUAAUGGUUAGAGACCAGAGAUGUGGAUAAACAUUCCACAGUGCUUAGGACAGCUCCCCUACAACCAAGGAUAAUCUGGCCCAAAAAGUCAUCAAGGGCUCAUGGUGAAGGCCAAGGUGGAGAAGCCCUAAAAUCUAUGUUAAGCACCCACCAUACAGGCCUGGUGAUGAACAAGACAGACCUGGCCCCCUGCUUUUGUGGAUCUUGUAGCCCAGUUUGCAUUACAGUGGGUACUGGGGACAGAUAUUACAGGACUAAAUAAAGACACAAACAUGAAAUUGUCAUUUGUCUUGAGUUCCAUGAAGGAAAUAAAAUGGUGUCGUUGAUGGAGAAUGCCCAAGGGGGACCUAAUUAAGAUGACUCAGAUAAAACCUGUCUGGGAAGGUGACAGUUAAACCGGGCUCUGAAAGCCCAGAAGCUAGCCAUGCGGAGAGAGGAGAAGGGCAUUCCUGGCAUGGGUCAGAAUGUGCUAGGUGGCUGGAGUAGAGUGAGCCUUGGAAAAAAAAUGAUCAGAGCUGGAGGAGGCUGGAGAGUCAGACUGGCGGGGCCUUUAGGCCUGGGCAAAAGUGCAAGCUUUGUUCUAAACACAGUGAGAAACCACUGGAAAAUCUUUAACAGGGACAUGACAGGGUCUCUUUUAUUUUCAAAAAAUAUUUAAAAACUGUGAAUUGGAAGGGACUUUUCCUGGGUUAAAAACGUUGAGAGGUGCUAAAGAAACCAGUCCUGGCCCAUGACCAUUUGCAUGUGUGAGAACACAUGGAGGUACACCAAACCACUCACCUUUGCUGACUGCAUUAGUGAUGAGUUGCCACUAGGAUGGGAAGAGGCGUAUGACCCACAGGUCGGAGACUACUUCAUAGACCACAACACCAAAACCACUCAGAUCGAGGACCCCCGGGUGCAAUGGCGGCAGGAGCAGGAGCACAUGCUGAAGGAUUACCUGGUGGUGGCCCAGGAGGCCUUGAGCGCGCAGAAGGAGAUCUACCAGGUGAAGCAACAGCGCCUAGAGCUCGCACAGCAGGAGUAUCAGCAGCUGCACGCCGUCUGGGAGCACAAGCUGGGCUCCCAGGUCAGCUUGGUGUCGGGUUCGUCAUCCAGCUCUAAGUAUGACCCUGAGAUCCUGAAAGCUGAAAUUGCCACAGCAAAAUCCCGGGUCAACAAGCUAAAGAGAGAGAUGGUUCACCUCCAGCAGGAGCUGCAGUUCAAAGAGCGUGGCUUUCAGACCCUGAAGAAAAUCGAUAAGAAAAUGUCCGAUGCUCAGGGCAGCUACAAACUGGAUGAAGCUCAGGCUGUGUUGAGAGAAACAAAAGCCAUCAAAAAGGCCAUCACUUGUGGAGAAAAAGAAAAGCAAGAUCUCAUUAAGAGCCUCGCCAUGCUGAAGGACGGCUUCCUCAUCGACAGAGGGUCCCACUCUGACCUGUGGUCCAGCAGCAGCUCUCUGGAAAGUUCAGGUUUCUCACUGCCGAAACAGUACCUGGACGUGAGCUCCCAGACAGACAUCUCGGGAAGUUUUGGCGCAAGCAGCAACAAUCAGUUGGCAGAGAAGGUCAGAUUGCGCCUUCGAUAUGAAGAAGCUAAGAGAAGGAUCGCCAACCUGAAGAUCCAGCUGGCCAAGCUUGACAGUGAGGCCUGGCCCGGAGUGCUAGACUCCGAAAGGGACCGGCUGAUCCUCAUCAACGAGAAGGAGGAGCUGCUGAAGGAGAUGCGCUUCAUCAGCCCCCGAAAGUGGACCCAGGGGGAGGUGGAGCAGCUGGAGAUGGCCCGGAAGCGGCUGGAGAAGGACCUGCAGGCAGCCCGGGACACCCAGAGCAAGGCGCUGACAGAGAGGUUAAAGUUAAACAGUAAGAGGAACCAGCUGGUGAGAGAACUGGAGGAAGCCACCCGGCAGGUAGCAGCUCUGCAUACCCAGCUGAAAAGCCUCUCAAGCAGCAUGCAGUCCCUCUCCUCAGGCAGCAGUCCUGGAUCCCUUGCAUCCAGCCGGGGCUCCCUAGCCGCCUCUAGCCUGGACUCCUCCACCUCAGCCAGCUUCACUGAUCUCUACUACGACCCCUUCGAGCAGCUGGACUCGGAGCUGCAGAGCAAGGUGGAGUUUCUGCUCCUGGAGGGGGCCACGGGCUUCCGGCCCUCAGGCUGCAUCACCACUAUCCAUGAGGACGAGGUGGCCAAGACCCAAAAGGCGGAGGGGGGCAGCCGCCUGCAGGCCCUGCGCUCCCUGUCUGGCACCCCGAAGUCCAUGACCUCCCUGUCCCCCCGCUCCUCACUCUCCUCUCCGUCCCCGCCCUGCUCCCCUCUCAUUGCUGACCCCCUGCUGGCUGGAGACACCUUCCUGAGCCCCCUGGAGUUUGACGACCCAGAGCUGAGUGCCACUCUUUGUGAACUGAGCCUUGGCAGUGGCACCCGGGAGAGGUACCGGCCAGAGGAACCAGGAACGGAAGGCAAACAGUUGGGCCAAGCUGUGAAUACAGCCCAGGGGUGCAGCCUGAAAGUGGCCUGUGUGUCAGCUGCUGUGUCAGAUGAAUCCGUGGCCGGGGACAGUGGUGUGUAUGAGGCUUCUGUGCAGAGACCGGGUGCUUCAGAAGCUGCCGCUUUUGACAGUGACGAAUCCGAAGCAGUGGGUGCAACCCGGGUUCAGAUUGCCCUGAAGUACGAUGAGAAGAAUAAGCAAUUUGCAAUAUUAAUCAUCCAGCUCAGUAACCUUUCUGCUCUGUUGCUGCAACAAGACCAGAAAGUGAACAUUCGUGUAGCUAUCCUUCCCUGCUCCGAAAGCACCACCUGCCUGUUCCGGACCCGGCCCCUGGAUGCCUCAGACACUCUCAUGUUCAAUGAAAUGUUCUGGGUGUCCAUGUCCUAUCCAGCCCUUCACCAGAAGACCUUAAGAGUUGAUGUCUGUACCACUGACAGAAGCCAUCUGGAGGAGUGCCUGGGAGGCGCCCAGAUCAGCCUGGCUGAGGUCUGUCGGUCUGGGGAGAGGUCGACUCGCUGGUACAACCUCCUGAGCUACAAAUACUUGAAGAAGCAGAGCAGGGAGCCCAAGCCAGUGGGAGCCAAGGUCCCCACCCCAGGUUCUGAAAGCACGGAUGCCGUGUCUGCUCUGUUGGAACAGACAGCAGUGGAGCUGGAGAAGAGGCAGGAGGGAAGGAUCAACACACAGACCCUGGAAGACAGCUGGAGGUAUGAGGAGACCAGCGAGAACGAAGCAGCAGAGGAGGAAGAGGAGGAGGGAGAGGAGGAUGUUUUCGCUGAGAAAGCCUUGCCGCAUAGGCAUGAGUGCCCAGCAUUAAAGGUGGACAAAGAGACCAACACAGAGACCCCGGCCCCAUCUCCCACAGUGGUGCGGCCCAAGGACCGACGGGUGGGCACACCAUCCCCAGGGCCGUUUCUUCGAGGGAGCACCAUUAUCCGCUCUAAGACCUUCUCCCCAGGACCCCAAAGCCAGUAUGUGUGCCGGCUGAACCGAAGUGACAGUGACAGCUCCACGCUGUCCAAGAAGCCACCUUUUGUUCGAAACUCCCUGGAGCGGCGCAGUGUCCGGAUGAAGAGGCCUUCAUCCGUCAAAUCCUUGCGAGCUGAGCGCCUGAUCCGCACAUCACUGGACCUUGAGCUAGACCUGCAGGCGACCAGGACCUGGCACAGCCAGCUGACUCAGGAGAUCUCAGUGCUGAAGGAGCUCAAGGAGCAGCUUGAACAAGCCAAGAGCCAUGGGGAGAAGGAGUUGCCACAGUGGUUGCGUGAGGACGAGCGCUUCCGUCUGCUGCUGAGGAUGCUGGAGAAGCGGAUGGACCGAGCAGAGCACAAGGGUGAGCUUCAGACAGACAAGAUGAUGCGGGCAGCUGCCAAGGAUGUGCACAGGCUUCGGGGCCAGAGCUGUAAGGAGCCCCCGGAAGUGCAGUCUUUCAGGGAGAAGAUGGCAUUUUUUACCCAGCCUCGGAUAAAUAUCCCGACCCUCUCUGCAGACGAUGUCUAAUCACCAGAAAAGUAUUUCCUUUGUUCCACUGACCACGCUGUGAACAUAGACUGUGGCUAAAGUUAUUUAUGUGGUGUUAUAUGAAGGUACUGGGUCACAAGCCCUCUAGCGCUCUUGUCGGUGUGAAGACGAACAGAUUUUUUUUUUUUUUUUUUUUUAGUUUGGGUUCUAUUAUUAAAAAAAAAAAGCAACAACAACAAAAAACCAGCAUUAAAAUGACAAGAUUGUAUAGUUUGUAUAUUUAGGAAUGUAUUUUUGAGAAAGAAAAUUUCAAUGAACUACAGCAGUGUUAAGUUGCUGCUCUUCUUAAAAUAAAAUUGUUUAGAAUUUUUUUUUCCUUUUUUUGUACAGCUCUACCUUCUAGAGGUUUCACUGCAAUAAGAAGUAAUGUUUCAGGGACGGUAAUCCUAAAAGGACGUCCUGUAGGUGUCACAGCACAGCUGACCUUUCCUACUUAACAUAUUUUGUACAAUAUUAAAAAAAAAAAAAAUUCCAGGAACCAUUGGGGGAAUUCUGAGGUGCAUUUGCAAGUCUUUAUGAGCUGUGAUGUGUUUUGAUGUGGCCGCCUGACAUGGAGCAGGCAGCGAGGAGCUGGCUGGCCACACGCCUGCCCCCGCCAGUCUCAGACGCCCAGUGAAACCACUGAAGUGAGUGAGGGAGGGCUAUGGAAAGCUCCUUUCAGUUUUAUCUCCAUCAAUAAAGUGGCCUUUCUGAAUGAA